UGCUCUAUGGCGGCCCCCAUAGCCGUUUUUUUCUACCGGAAUCUAUAAAGCUUACGUGGACAAACCCAAUUGAAAGCCCAAAAAGUAAGAUUGUGGUAUUGAUACAAAUGUAGAUUUUGUUUUUGUAUGUAUUUUAAUAAAUUUUAACCACAAAUAAAUUUAAGGAGAAUCACUAUUCACACAUUAAACUAUAAAAUGAAAUAUCACUCACUCACUCAUUGAUUUUGAUAUAUCAAUGAUACUAUGACAACAUUCAACAUCAUGGCCAUGGGUAUGGAGUACUAUUUCUGUUCUAUAAGUAUAAAGUAUAAGACUGUAGCAUACAAUACUAUAUCAUUAGUAUGACUUUGAGAAUGUUGCUUAUGAUUAAUAAAUGCAUUGACUUAACAAUUUACAUACUUAUCUCAUUCAUACAACAAAUAUGAUAAUAUAAUUUAUUAUAAUAAAAAAAUAAUAAUAUAUAAUAAUAAUGAUCAAUCUGAUUCUGACUGAAUGAAUCAGAAUCACUUCAUUUUGCAUCAAUCUGAAAUCAUUCAGUCAGAUCAACAAUCACUUGACUUUGACUUGAUGAUCUGAACAGGCAAAUGUUGGUUCAAUCCACCACUUAGACCACUUAGCCUUGGUGUAGGCUGUAGGUGUAGGAUUCUCUCCCUUUUAGUCAUUCUAGGAUGUUACUAUUAAUAUUUAGGUAUUAACUCUUUCCCUGCCAAUCGACGAUAAAUUGUCAAAUUGACUGGACUUAAUUUCUGUAGUUUAUUUCUUCGCCUACGGCUAUAAAUCUGACUUUUUAUGUUCUUAAAUGAACUAUAACUAUAACUCUUCCUGUUGUGUUUUUCUAAUAAUUGCGACCUUUUUUCCAUUUGUUUUGAAACUGUUGUAAACAAAACAAUGGUCACAGCUUACUUAAAGCACAUCAGCUGUUGGUAGACCACAGAGGUAGUCAAGUUUGCAAACAAGAAUGAAUGAGAAUUAUUGAUGCUGAAACAUCGGGCAAUAACCAUGAAUCAUUUGAAUCUGAUUCAAGUGAUGAUUUUCAGCUUUCUGAUCGGUCAGUAAAUGCCAAAUGGAAAUAGAAUGGUGAUAGUGAUAGUAAUAGUGGUGACAGUCUGCACUUUGUUAAAAAUUUCAAAACAUUUUUAAAGCCUAGAGAAUGGAUUACAAAGACAUCAAGAUCAACUUUCUAGCCCAAAUGGUCAAAAGUUUUCAAAACCUAUUUUUUACUAAGGGGACAGUGAGGAUUCAGCUAUUACUACUCCUGUUCCUGCAAAAAGAAGUAGGAAAUUAGGCAGAAAAGAUGCAGGAAGAAUAGUUUCUAAUCGCGCAAACAAUCAUUCCCCUUGUACCCAUCGUAUCGAAGCCAGGGGAAAUGUCCAUCAACAGUGCAGACAAGCAUCUUAGUGAAAAUAAGCACCUGGACCUGGUUGGCUAUGACGGGCAUGAUUGACAGUUUGCAUACUGUUCAGUGCACAAAAUAACCAGACGCGGCUGCUAUGUGUGCAUCGGAUACACAGGAAGGCCUCAUCUGUGUGUUAAGGAGUGCUUCAGAAAGGACCACACAGAAAGAAAUUUGUACCAAAGUAAAAUAUUUUGUAAACAAUUUGUUUGACAUUUGUGUAUAUAUACAUAUGCAAAGAAAAUGUUUUCCUCGGUUGACAUUAACAUUACAAAAAUGUGUGUAACUCUGUCGCUAAAUGGAAUAUUUUCAAAAUGUAAAAGGCAUUCUGAUCAAAAAUGGAUAAUACUCUCUGAUGAUUGAAGCAGAAUAGGAUACCACCUACACAGACAAUAUCGCAGUCUGAUAAUUUCAGAUUUGGUGCGCAUUUAAAAGGGAAAAAAAGUCAUCUUAGAAUAUUACCAAUAAAAUUUAAACUAUUAUUGCCUUACUGUUUUAUCUUUUAAAUAUUAUUAUUUUCAGUUCAAUAUUUAGGCGUUUGAGUAAGCCAUACUAUACCAAUAUUAAUAUUGUCCUCAAGAUUAAGAAUUCUAGGCUUUGAUUUGACAUUUUGAAGAUAGGACUGAUUUUAGAAGCUGAAAAUUUUACAGACUUAGGUUCUUUUUGCUAUUUUGGCAGAUUUUUAUUUUACACCCCAUCCCUCCCAAUCAUCACAAAUUUUUAGACACCAUUGUCACAGAUCAUCACAAACAUCCACCUAGAGAUGUGUGCACAUCAUUUAUGGAUAGCUUCUUAAUACUAAACUCAAUCUCAAAACAUUGCGCCGGAGAUUAAAAAAAAUUAUUUACAUAUCCUGUGGCUGGCCAUCCAUACAUCAUUAGCUACUGAGGGAGGAGUGGUUGUUGGAUUUAGAGAUACUGACUACAGGUGUGUUUGGUGGAAAAUCUCAUCUGAUGUGAAUUUAACUAUGAUUGCACCAAUUAAUCUGCAAUUAUUGGGAAUAAGCCUAUCUGGCAGUUUUGUAGAAUUAUAUCAGCAUUUUUUAUUAUUAAUUAAUGGAUUUAUUCAACAUAUUGGCCUACAGAAAAUACUUUUCAAAUCUAGGAUGUAAGUCUAGAUAAAUGGUUUUAAACUAUCUUGGGCAGUUUUAUGAGAUUUUAUCCAAUUGGUACCAAAUUAGAUACGUGGAAGACUCAAUAGUGUAGCCAACUCUUUUUUCUUAAACUUAAAGUUACAUAACUUUAACUAAAAUGGCUUUAUUAAGGAUCUAAACUUUUAAGCAUAAUUGGAAUUUGCCUUUACAUUUUUCAAAUAACUUUCUUCUACAACUAAUUUCCCUUCUGCUCAAUUUUGGUUUUACCUGGUACAAAUAUUAAAAUCCGUAUUGCCAAAUGCUGUCUACCCUUCCCCACGAUCUCCCAGUACGAUGCUAUGUUGGUUAUUAAAUAAAAAUGUUGACUUUUAUAUUUCUUCUUUCACAGUUGAAAUGUAUUUAUUUGUAUUUAUUUCCAACAGUGCUGACCUCACAUACAAAGCAAGCUUUUCUUCUAUUGACAUACAUUGUUUGUGUUAGCACAAAACAAAAACCAAUAACGAUUUCACUAGCAGCAAAAUGGAACUCCACUCCUCUACUUCUGGAAGCGAGGUACUGCUUUAAGCAUUUGACAUUUUUAUGAACUUUCUAUUUCUUUCUUUUUUUUAUUUCAUCAAUUUAAUUUUAUAUUAAGAUUAAAUCCUCAUCUACAAUUUUAAUAACUAGACUAAAUAAUGUUACAAAGUUAGAAAUUACAGACUGAGAAAACCAGAAUGUAAUUGGGUUAGCCCUGUGUUGAAAAAGGAAAUAUUGUAUGAUAAUGACUAUUUCAUUUAUAUGUUUUGUUUUUAAUUUAAAACGAAGCUUUUAUUCUUUAAACAAGAAAUUUUCUAUUAAUCAGUUUCUAUUAAAACAUGUGACUUGUUUGUGUUAACAAUGCUUAAACAUUUCAAAUCAUAAACCUACAGUGAGUUCCUUGCUAAAGAGUCAAAUGAAAACUUCUGGUCUUAUGCAGAAAGAAUUGUUGACCAAGAAAUAUCAUUUUUUGAAACAGGUAGGGGGGGCCUAGUGAGAUAUAUUUGGUAUAAUGCUACGAUUUUUAAGAUUCCACUAUCAGGUAAUUAAAAUAAAUACAUAAAUAAAUAUUGUAGCCCUGCCAAGGAAGUCUCUAUAAAUGCAUUUUAUAUUUAUACUAUUGUUAAAGUAACUUAAAGAAUAAAAAUGUACCUAUUAUGAAAAAAAAACUAUUAAGUUUUUUUGAGAACUUAUUCAUAUUUAAUUUAUCCUAAUAAUUUUACAUAACUCGCUUUUAACAUAUUGUUUCCAUGGGAUUUUUUUUUAGCUACCGAUGAGAUGAAGUAUAAACUGGCACAGAAGUUUGCAUCAGAGCUGGUUUCUCCUCUACAGUUGAGCUUUUUAAAGUUUUCUUUGGCUUUAAGAGCUUUUUCACCUGCUAUUCAAAUGUUUCAGCAAGUGAGUAGAUUAAAUAAACUCAUCAUAAAAUUGGUCCUUGGUUUGAGAACAAAAAAAACCAACAAAUGGUACAAUAUAGUUGGAAUAGAUAAUGGUCAUAAAAUAUGUUGGUGUAUUGGGGAGGUAUUUUUGGUGUGUUUCUUUGUAGUGUUAGCUGUGUCAUCAAACAAAGCAAAAAAUCCAUGAUAAGACUUUUUUUUAAAUCUGAUUGCAGCUUGUGGAGCAGCUGGAUGUCAAUUCUAAUUGUGAUGCUGUUGUGGAAGUCAAUGGCAAAUUCUCAUGUGACCCAAAUGAUCUGUCAGAACUUCUCACCACAUCUAUAGCCAGGUGAACACCUUAAGCAUUGAUAUUUUAAAAAAUUCAGCUGAAAAGAGGGUACUUUAAAUUCAAUGUCUUUAACUCUUGUGCUCAGCUCAGUGAAUAAUAAAGCUAUACAGUAUAAUUGAUAUAUCUGGCAUAUGUCAAUUCAUAGAGUAAUAUUAACUGUAGAUCAUAUUAAUAUUAAAUACAACUUAAAGAUUUGUUUACCUAAACAAGGAAUAACAAAAUUUUAAGAAUAUUGUAUUUCUACACAGGUGAUAUAAAUAAUUCUUAUUGAAUAUUGUGAUUCAUUUGUAGUGAAAUAUUAACUUCAUUUAAGUUGAAAUUUCUACUUCUUUUGGCUUGAAAUUUUACUUUCAUUUGGGUCAGUUAUCUAGUGUAUGCACUAAAAAUAUCUCCUACAUUAGUAUUUUAAUGAAUUUUAAUUUAAAUAAUAUUAAUAAUUCUCUUUUAUUUUCUACAUGUUGUAUUUUUUAUUAUUGUCCUCAUUGAAAAAAAGUCUAUUUGUUUCAUAAUUUCAGAGCACCCUCUGUGCUAUACCAGUUUGAUCAUAUCUAUCCUGGUCCAGCCAAUAAACAAGCAGUUGUUAUUCUGUAUGCUGAAAUGGGAACCAAAGCUUUCAAGACUUUUCACAGAGCUCUUGCUGAAUUGGCUCGCAGAGGGGAGAUCACUUAUUGCUUACGUCACUUUGUGAAAGUAAAUUUUCAAGCACUAUCCAUAUUAUAUAAAUUUUAAGCUAUUUGUUAAUUUUCAAGAAGUAUUUUUAAAAUAUUCAAUUAAAGACCAUGAACAUUUCUCUUUUUAUGAUGGGGUGAAAAGAUAAAACAAACUUUCAGAAAUUGAGAUUUUAAACAUUCUUUGGUAACUAAAGGCAUGGAAAUAAGAAUAUUUAUAAGGCUUACUUUUCAUCUUAGAACCAAACGCCCAGAAAUCUCAGAUUGUCUGGUUAUGGUGUGGAACUUGCUCUCAAAAGCACAGAGUACAAAGCCAAAGAUGACACUAAAGUAGAAGGUAAGCCACAGUGGAGUAUUAAAAACCAGCUGGUACUUUGAGUAAAUCGAUCUAUCUAUACACAGGGAAGACCUCAAGUAAUGAACCAAUCGUUUAACAUGGCUACAACUAGAACACCAUUGUGGUUACCACUAUUAACAUUGCUCAUUACAUUAUUUUUGUUGCUCAAUGGACUGUACACAUUAUAUUUUAUGCUUGUUCCAUUAAUACUGUUAAAAACAUUCAUUUAAUUUAUAUCAGAACUAUAGGCAUUUCCUACUAAUUAUUAACAACUUGUGUGUUGAUUUUUAUAUAUUUAAUGUAAUUCUAAUCAUUUUCGUUGAAAGAGCUUAGCUAAGCAGGUUUGAAUGAAUUUAAAGAAAAUGAAAGUCCCACAAUAAUAGAGUUUAAUCACAAGUUAUUUUUUUCUCAGGGGACAAAUCAAGCUCUGCAAAUGUUGAUGAUACAGACACAGGAGAAGUUGAUGGCAUUGUAUUCUCUAAACUCAAGUUAGUUAAGUUUUUGUUGAUUUAUGUGGUAGAUUCUUUUUUACCCAUUUGAGUACAUAGCGACCUAUAAAUACUAACUUAUUUUCAACCUUUGAUAACACAAUAAUUUUUUUUUUUCUUUUACUACUGUUACAGUGAGCUCCAUCCUAAUUUAAAGGCGGAGCUUAAAGAAUUUAAAAAUCACUUGAUGGAUUCUGCCACAGAACUUAGUCCAUUUAAAGUUUGGCAGCUGCAAGGUAACAACAUUUUGUACACCCUAAAGCCUUUUAUAUUUGAUUCACUUUUUUCCAGCCUUCCAUUUAAGACAAGACAAUAUGAAAAUUAUAUGGAAUACAAUUAUUUCCUCUGGAAAAUUAUUUAAACAAAUGUGUUUUCUUGCUGUUUAUAAUAGAACUUAGAUGAUUAGAAAAUGAAAAUUUCCAUUUAAAUGCUUUGUUAAAAAUGAAGGCUACAAAUUAUUACUAUUCAAAUGUUUAAAACCUUUAGAUGCUUGAAAAUGCUCUUCUUAAACAAUUUAUUCCCAUAACAGAUCUCAGCUUCCAAGCGGGUCAGAAAAUUGUCUCUGCCCCACCAGAUGAUGCACUUCAGUAUCUCCGAGAUAUUAGUCAAAACUUUCCUACUCAAGCCAGGUAAUUACUCUAAUGUUUCUGUUCUUCAAUGUCUGAGGUUAAGCUUUACUAAAAAGAGAAUAAAGGACAAGGACUAGCCCACAGAUGGAAUCAUUAUUUCUUUUAAUUUUAUAUAAAUGUUGUAAAGCUGCUCAGUUCUUCAUUAAAAUAUAAUAAUAAUAAAGUUCAUGAACUAUAAAGCUUGAAGCGUAGUACAAAGUCAGCCAUACAUGACAAUUUAUAUUUUUCCACAAAAUAUAGUACUGAACUCUUAAUAUCUAAUCAUGCUUAUAAGAAUGAGCCAAGGUAGAUGCGUUACUCUGGGAUGAUAGUGAUUUUUCUAUUAUUUUAUGGAAAAUAUAUCUGCUUUUAUGCAAGUACAAGUUAUCUUUAAAUAUGUAAGUGUUAUUAUUAUUAAUUAUAAAUAAAUUUAAUAUACAAAUUAUUUUCUUAAGUGUUAUUAUUAUAAAUUAUAAAUAAAUUUAAUAUAAAAAUUAUUUUCUUUCUAGUUCAGAGGCGUGAAAAAAGGUUGGGUGGGCCUAUAUCAUAUAGAAGAUAAAAAUUUCUCAAAACUCAAUGAGGUUAUAAAUGUAAAUAUUUAUACAAAGAUACUUCUUUAAAAAUGUAAACAUUUAUACAUAGAGACUUAUUUUUUUUAAAAAAGGGAAAGUCUGAUUUACUAUUUGCUAAAUAUACAUUUUAAGGGUGUGGAAAAAUUGCGUACAUUUUUUUUGUUGAGGAUAUAGUGCCUCAAAACCCGAUACAGUUACAUCUGUAAAAAUAAAUAGAUUUUGAGAGUUGGCAAUAACAGGUAGCAAGUAGCGCAAUAUGCCUUCCAUUUUUUAGCCCAGUAACACUGGGUCAUAUCUUCUAGUAUAUAAUAGAGAAGAAGUAAUGAAAGUGUCCAUCAAUCUUUAAAUCCUUAAAACAGAAACAAUGAAAUAGUUUUUAAAACAAUAAUCUGUUUUUGUUUAAUCUCUUCAGAUCACUGUUACAAACCACUGUCACCAAUGAAUUUAAGAGAGAGGUCAAGAAAAACCAGGAGGUAAGGAAGUUAUCAAUUAUCAUUUGAUAAUGACAGAAUGACAAAAUAAAAUUAUUGAUCUCUUAGAUCAGGGGUAGGGAGAGUUUUUUAACCAAUUACAACAAAAUAUAUUUGUUUCAGCUGCCUUUACCUCAAUUUGGAAGGGAGAAAAUCAUAGACUAUUUAAAUUCAAGAUGGCUUAUUGAAUCUAUUUAUACAGAGAAGACACUUAAAAUAUAUAAACAUUAAAAAAAAUAAAUGCAAUCAAAUAAAAUCCCUAUAAUGGAACAAUAGGAUUUCUUAGAAAAGUUUACAUAAAUUUUGGGGCAAUAAUCGUUUCAUUUUCAAUAACAUCAAAAUUGAUGGAGGGGUGCGGAUCACACCGAUGUCGUCAAGUGACAACCUCAAAGGGGUGGGGGUGACAAUGCAAAAUGAUAAAUUUAAAAGCACUCUAUCAAGUAUGUUUCACAACAAGUCUGUUGCCAUUAGAUAAGAUAAAAUAGGUGACCAGGCCAAAAUGACACAUACAAGACAAGUGGUGCGGUACAUUAGCUGCCAGUAGUAACAAAAUCAUGUUGGGUGUUUUUCUCCAUUAAACUGGUCAGAAGCAUUGUUUCCCAAAAGAAAAUGCUUUCGUAAAAGGAAAGCGCUUUUAAUCUUUUGAGCAUCCAUUACCAAGAUUUUCAUAUUUACCCCAUUAGGGGGACUUUACCCCAUUUUGCAGACCCAUGUAUUAGAUAGAUUGGGAUCAAUGUAAAUGGGAUAAAGUAGAGUUUUAACAAAAUGUAAAUAUUUGUACAUCUUUAUUUUAUUUAUUUGGUGAAAAAUAUUUCCUUAAGAUGGUUUUCAUAAACAGAGUAUAACACUUUUAUCAGAAUUCAUAUAUCCUUGUUUAGCUUUAGAAGUUACUGGUAACAUGGUUUUCUUAAAAAACAUUUUGUAUAGCGUACAAUUCAAUCUGAUUAAUUAAGCCUCAGAAUUGAUUUAGUUUUAAUUUUUUGUGUGUGCUGCUGCCUUUACUAAAUUAUUUUGACAAGUCAAGUGGGUGACAAGACUAGAAAAAAUAAUAUUUUUGAAUGUAAUUAAACAUUUGUUAUCAUAUUGAUAAUCUGAGUUUUAUGUUACAUAAGUGGGAAUUCCUACAUAAUAUUUUUCUUCUUUUACAUAACUCGAAUCAAUCAAAACAAUCAUCUGUAUCAAUCAAUAUUGAAAAAAGUAGAGAUAUUACUUUUUAUGGUUUCCAAUAAAUAUAAAAAAAAACAUGUUGUUCUUUGAAAUGUUGCAUUCAGUUUUUUUUUGUUUUGAUUCUAGCAAUUUGAAUACCGUGGUGUAGGUAUUGGGGAUUCUCUCCUCUACAUCAAUGGCUUAUCUGUGGACCUUGAGAUCUAUGACAUCUUCACCCUUCUUGAUCUCAUGUCAUCUGAGGCCAAGCUUGUUGAGGGGCUACAUUCCCUGGGAUUCAAGGUACCGAUAACAUUUUGUGCUUGCCAUGUUGUGAUAUGUACCGUUGUUAUGCAGGACGUGUUUACGUCACACUUUCCCUGUGCCGUGAACUCUGUUUGACUCCAAAUUAGACUGCGUUCGUAUUGGACGUGGCCUAUUUCUUUUGAUCUUUUUUUACCAGAAAACAAUCUAUGGCCUGUUUGUCUUGACUCGAAUGGGUACAAAAUUGUAGUCAAUUAUAGAAAUUUGAGUCACGUCUACAAUGUAUAUUCUGCCCCUGAAUCUUCUUAGGAACAGGCGAUACCCAUACAUAAAGCCAGGGAAUUGAAAGACGGGAGAGAUUGAUUGAUAGAUAUUUUUCACUUCACAAGACAAGUGUAUAAUUGUGUGUACUCAUAUGUGUUUAUUGGCAUUCAUCAUUGUACUUUAUUAAUUGGCACAUUGUACUAACUGUGUACCGGUACAAGACAUGUCAUGCUCUGUAAGUACAUGAUUGUCAUAUAUUUCUUUUGUUUUGUAAUUAUAUUACUACUUAAUUCAAUCUUAUUAAUUGUAAUUAGUACUGUUUUGAGUUUCUUAUUUUUGCUAUUGUAUUUCUUUAUGGUAUCGUCCUUUGUUAUGCACUGUUUGAACGAGCCAUAAAAUUAAAAUAAGAGAUUAAUUUCUCACUAUAGAAGGCAGUGCGUAACACCUGUAUUUACCAAAGUGGUGGUCCAUGUUACAUUGCCAAACCUUACAACAUGAGGAAAGAAAUUGGACAAAUAAGUUAAACAUUUCCACGCUUCUGUCUCCUUUCACUAUAAAAAAUUGAUAUUGUUGUAUCACUAAAAUGUGACAUCCAUCCUUUCUAAUGAUUUCUUCUUCAAGCAUUUGUUCUGUAUUCCCUAUCACGACUUAACUGAUUAUCUUCGGCAUUGAAAACCAGUGUGUGGCUUAAUUAAAUGUUUGUCACAUGCAGAUCUAUGUACAAAUUUAGAUGUUGAUUUCUUAAUUAUUAAAAUAUUUUCAUAAGUAAUAUACCAUUUUGUAGAUAAUGAAUUUUCUUUAAGAUGAAUCUAAAAAAAAUUUUUUCUUAAUAUCGUUAAAUUAUUAUUUACAAAAGAAUGGCCUUAAAAAAAUUAUUAAAAUAUGCCAACUUACCUUCAAGCUUUGAAUUUCUUCAAAAACAUUUAAUUACAUCUACACCAAAUUAGAAAAGAUUUCCAAGUUUAGACAAAUCUACAAUUGAGUAAACAUAUCUCAAACUUAUUUACAGUAUGUUUGCUUUUGGUAACCUCAUACCGAAACAAAAGUAAGAAUAUUAAUAUAUCACUAGUUACACUAUGAAAUAUACCAUGAUGCUCACAGCUGCUAAUGGCCAGCGACUUAUGAUUAACCGGUUAAGUCGUAAAUAUUUUUUAUUUUUUAACUGCUAAGUUUUUUUAAAUUCAAAAUAGUCAUUAAAAAAUCUUGAAAGGGCUUACAUUAAAUAAUUAUUUGUAAGUUACAGAGUCCUAUCAAAUAGGCUGAUCAGGAAUUAAAAAAUAUUUUAUGACAUAUUAAGGCCAUAGAAAAAUCUGACACCUGUCCUUGGUUCAGUGGGAAACUCGUCCACCGCUCUGCCAAACUUAAAAGUUUGGGAAGCACUACUUCUUUAGAGUAUAUGAAUUAAGUAAACUAUGAAAUAGAGCAGGCAUGCACAACAUACAGCCUGCGGGCCGCAGCAGCCGGCCAGCACCCACUUUGUGGCUCGCGAAGUAACGAAAUAUUCUUUAUUCUUAUUAUUUUUCUUAAUAGCUUUUAACCCGUCCUAUUUUCUUUUGGCCCGCACAAGUCCUGCCCUAUUUUCUUUUGGCCUGCACAAGUCCUGCCCUAUUUUCUUUUGGCCUGCACAAGUCCUGUCCUAUUUUCUUUUGGCCUGCACAAGUCCUGUCCUAUUUUCUUUUGGCCCGCACAAGUCCUGUCCUAUUUUCUUUUGGCCUGCACAAGUCCUGUCCUAUUUUCUUUUGGCCCGCAUAGGUUUUUUAUGCGGUAAUACGGCCCGCCUUUCCUUUUUCAGUUGUGCAGGCCUGAAAUAGAGUAUUAAAAAUUAGCCAGAAUAAAUUAAAAUAUAAAAACAACAAAAUAGCCCAAUUGAAAUCCUAAUGAUCUAUUGGCCAGUGCAUAUGAUCAAAUAUUUCAGCAAAGUUCUCAAAGAUAAUUUUUGAAUCAUGUUUCAUUGACUUACAGUGUUCAAGACUUGUGUAAUUUUAUAUAUGUAUAUUACUUCUAGGGAGAGGCCUUACAAAAGUUUCUACAGCUUGACCUCACUAGUGGUGAGGAUGAGAAAUAUGGCAUAGAUAUCAGACACCCAGCUAUACAGGUAAACAUAAAAUUAACCUAUUUAUCCAAGUUGUAUAACAUAGUCGUAUUUGAACAUACCGUAACAAAGAUUUUCACGUUUUUGUAUUGACCUUCAAGUAGAAAAUUAAAAAAUUAUAGUUAAAAAUCAGCUUUUUGUGAUGUCACUGGAAUAAUAUGUCUUUAAAACUUUGACCACAGUAUAUAAAUGAUCUUGCAACGGAAAAGAAAUAUCGAGGUUGGCCCAGCUCUAUUCAAGACCUUUUAAGACCGACAUUUCCUGGGAUGUUAAGACACAUAGCCAAGAACAUAUUCCAUCUGGUAAAGUAAUUUUUUAAGGCAAAAUGCAAUACUUUAUUUAAUAAGUAAGCAGAUUAAUUAAAAACAGAUGGUACUAGCAUUCACCAUUUCUAAUAUAUUUUGUAUGUUUCUGUGACUUGUCAGUAUAAAAAGAAUGUGCACUGGAUUUUUUAAUUUUUUCAUUAAAAAUUUUUAUUUUAGAUGAUACUUAGGAUCAUCAGGAAAGAAACUCAAAACAAGGAUUACAAAGAUGUUUGAAGUCUUAGUUACUCAUGUCUUAAAAUAGCAUUUUUUUUGGUUCUUUAGAAAAUGUUUUUUUAAAAAUAAUCACCAAAAGCUCAAACAUGUGUCUUAUUUUUCUUCAGAUCUUCAUCGUGAAUCCAGCUGACAGCAAAAGUAAAAACUUGCUGAAGAUGGCAGAAGCGUUCUAUGUUCACAAGGCACCACUAAGGUAUAUAAGAUAUGCAUCAAUUUUUUAGUCACAAGGCAUCACUUAGAUAUAAAAUAUGCAUCAGUUAAAGGCAUCACUUUGAUUUAACAUACACAUACAUUUUAUUAGUCAAUCAUUCUCAUUUUAAAAUUAAGAGUGUAAAUUAAUUUCUAUUAAGUCUUUGGUAGAAAAUGAAGAAACAAAAUUAUACCUUAUCACAAUGCACUUUAAUUAACCUAUUGAAACUGUUCAAACAUAUUUUCAUAAUAUAAUAUUUAUUUCAUAGACUGGGAGUUGCCUUUGCUGUGAAUGCUGAUUCAACAGCCACAGGUUAUGACAGUGCUGCUGUAGCUUUGGUCAGGGCUUUCACUUUCAUUGCUAGAUCACAGAAUUCAGCUGCCAAAGGCUUGUCUUUCAUAACAGAUGUAUGUUGUUUGGUUUUUUUUGUUAAUUUUUUUUUAUAAUAGCUAUUUUCAACCAAAGAAUUUAAAAUAUUUUUGAAACAUUUUGAAUUACUGCCUUUGAUUAAUUUAAUUUUUAAAAAUUUAAAUGAACUUUAAAAAUUUUUCUAAAUGAUUCAUUUUAAAAAUUAAUCUUCUAUUUUGAUGUUCAUUUUUUUAAUUAAAGGUUUAUGAAAAAACAGGUGGUGCUGAGCUCACACCUGAAAUAAUUAUAACAGAGUUUGCCACACAGUAUCCAGGCGAAGACAAGGAGAUCGUUUUUAGUGAAGCCGAUGACUAUGAUGACAUCAGAAAGGUAAAGUAAGCUCUCACAAGUUUACGCAUGUAAUGUAUAUUAUUAGUCAUUUAAUGUUAAACAGGCCACACGCUGUAUCAUGGUCUCACAAGGGGAAACACAGCUACACUGUACAUUAUUCUUAUAAUGUUAAACAUGCCACACGCUGUUUCAUGGUCUCACAAUGGGAAACACAGCUACACUGUACAUUAUUCUUAUAAUGUUAAACAUGCCACACGCUGUAUCAUGGUCUCACAAGGGGAAACACAGCUACACUGUACAUUAUUCUUAUAAUGUAAAACAUGCCACACGCUGUAUCAUGGUCUCACAAUGUGAAACACAGCUACACUAACCAUUACAGGUGUUUUAAAAAGUCUUGACUCUUUGGUGUAAAUAUCAACCCCCCUACUCCCUAGUUUUGCUCUUGUAUUUUCUUCAUAGCACCAUAAAAUUUGCAUUUCUUUAGUCUUAUUCUCCCAAACUGGUUUAAUGUUGUGUGAUAGUAUGACUGACCUUGUACCUUUCAUAAGAAUUUGUCCCCUUUUUCCACAAAAGUUUGGGGAACAUCUGUUUGAAUUAUGCUAGUUUUAUAAAUUGGCUUUGAACUGUAAAACUCUAACGGGUAUAUCUUGAUAUCUUGUUACAAUGUUUAAGUAUUUACAUCUGGUUUCCACCAUAAUGACAGAGACAAUGUGUCCCACCAUCAUUUCUCCCCAUCCCAGGCCAGCAGUGAGUUCAUAUCCAAGUCAGGCUUCACCACCUUACCACAAGUCCUGGUCAAUGGCGUCCCUCUGGAGAAACAUCAGCUAGAGGAUUCCUUUGAAGAGGCCGUCGUAAUGGAGGUGCUGAAGCAGACACAAGUCAUACAGCAAGCAGUCUACAAGGUGAACAUUUCAGUAGUGCACUGUAAACUGUGUAAAAGUUGAACAUUUCAAUUAAUGCACUGUAAACAGUGUACAAGAUGAACAUUUCAUUAAUGCACUGUACACAGUCUACAAGUUGAACAUUUCAAUUAAUGCACUGUAAACAGUGUACAAGGUGAACAUUUCAUUAGUGCACUGUAAUCAGUGUACAAGAUGAACAUUUCAUUAAUGCACUGUAAGCAGUGUACAAGAUGAACAUUUCAUUAAUGCACUGUAAACAAUGUACAAGGUGAACAUUUCAUUAAUGCACUGUAAACAGUGUACAAGGUGAACAUUUCAUUAAUGCACUGUAAACAGUACCAUUUAGUCUUGUGAUAAAUGGGGAUUUUUGUAAACUUAUAAUAAGACCAAUACUUAAACAAAAUAUUUAUGACUGUACCCUUAUUUCAAUCAUAUUUUAGGCACAUGCCUAUGAAGCAAUAAACAUUAAACUUUUAAUGCCCCACUUUGAAAUAUUUACUAUAUCCAAGAUGAUUUGAAACCCUCGCCCUGUUUGAAAAGCGCUGAGUUAGAUGAGAUUAGUAGGACGAGGUAUGUGGAAGCUUGAAUCAAGACAGGACAGUAAGAUAAGAACCUUUUGCCUAAGAGCCUUUCUCAGCAGACAGGAAAAAUGAAAAUAUGACAGGAAAUAGAAACUGUUUUAAAACUUAAGUGAUUGCCAUUGUUAUAAAAAAUAAUUGCCAUUCAGUAACUUCUAACAAUCCAGGGGGAGAUCAAUGAUGACAAAGACAUUUUGGAAUGGUGGAUGGAGAGAGAUAAUGUCUUGCCACGCCUCAAUUCAAGGAUUCUUGCCCCUGUCACAGUUCGACUUGAUCUAACUGGAUCAGGAGGUAAGUUGGUGAGACCCAAAAUUUGAGGGUGGUCUAGGAAAUUUACCCUUUCUUGAUUGAGCUACCUUGGUAAUUUAUUUAUUUUUCAUAAAUGAUUGUACUAAACACAAAAAAACCCAAGUUACUGUACUGAAUACAAAUGAAAACAUUCCAAAUGAAUGACAGCCAUGAAACGCUGCAAGUGAAUGACAGCCAUGAAACACAGCAAGUGAAUGACAGCCAUGAAACAUUCCAAAUGUGUCACAGCGAUGAAACACUGAAAAGUACCGCGCUUCGAGCCUUAAUUAGUGAUGAAGCGUGUUUUUGAAAUGAAUUUUAUUAUUAUUAUUAUUAAAAGUAAAAUAACCAUUUAUUUAUUUAUUUAGCCAUUUUUAUAUAGCGCUUACCAUAAAGCUCUAAGCGCUUUACAAUUAUUAAAAACAUGUAAACUAACUAAAAUAAAAAUGAGACAUUAGGAUAGUAACUACUAUACUAUAGAAACAAUUAAAAUGGCUAUAAAACGAGGACACUUUAACAUAAUACAGCAUUAAGAUAUGUGUAAACAUCUCUGAGGUACUAAAUUAAAUUCAAGAGUAUAGUUGUUGUUUUUUACAUUUAAGCAGUAAUGAUGGGAAACUUAAUAUGAAACAAAAUAUAUUUCAAUUACACAAACUUAAAAAAAAUUUAAAUCAGACCUCCGCAUUUAAAGAAAAAAAAGAUGAGUGAAAUAAUUCAAACUAUUUUAAAUGGUGUUUUUCUCACUCAUUUACAAAGUGUACAGUGUAUGAUUUUGAGAUGUCUUUUAUGAUUGUACGUCAAGACCUGACAGAACUAUGAUUUAAGUGACCAUGUUGAAAAAAAUAUAAAUGUUUAUAGUUUUUCGGUUGUUAGUUUUAGAUUCUUUCUACAUCCAGUGGUGAAUGGAUCUAGAAAUACGAUUGGUUGUAAACCAUAUAUGAUUAUAUAAUGUUGUCCCUGAGAGGGGAAGGGGGUGGUGUUGAUUAUGAGAUUUUUGUUUGAGGGUGUGCAGGGGAAGGUGUAAAAAUAUUUAAGUCUAUAAAAAAAACACCGCCACUUUUUCGUAAUGAUGUUGGUGAUGGUCGUAUUGUUGAUGGUCAUAAUGAUGCAUUGUGUUUUCAUAUUGAACUUGCUAGACACAGCAACAUUAAUAUUAGGGUAGUUGCCACUGUGGCAACUUUAGUCAAACCUUGCUUUUGUUUGCUUCGGUGGUGUAUGACAUAAUUUUGGGGCAUACUUAUUUUGUUCAGCUAAACUGCAGCUAUGUCAAAACCUGAGAUAACUAAGUUUUUUUUUUUUUUUUUAAUAUAAAAUGAGAUUGCAUUCUCAAUUGUUCCCUAUAGCAACUUUAGAUUUUGACAUAUUUUAUAGGAUCUGAGAGGUCUAAAAUAUAUUUUUAGAAAUGAUGUUCAGCUAAACUGCAGCUAUGUCAAAACCUGAGAUAACUAAGUUUUUUUUUUUUUUUUUUUUAAUAUAAAAUGAGAUUGCAUUUUCAAUUGUUCCCCAUAGCAACUUUAGAUUUUGACAUAUUUUAUAGGAUCUGAGAGGUCUAAAAUAUAUUUUUAGAAAUGCACAACUCAGCUGUAUGAUUUUUAAUACCCCCAUUAGGUUCCAACACUCCUCUUUCUUUUACCCUUUCACAGCUUGUGGUAGUUAUCAGACUAUAAUAAUAUGUUAAAAGGAAAUAGGCGAAAGGGAUAUUGAUUCUUUCUUUUUUUUUUUAAAACAGCCUUUUCAUAAAAAAUAAAUCUCAAGCUACUUGUUACUUUUUGUAAACGAGGACGUCCUAAUUUGUUAAUUAAUUCUUAUUUUAAUAAAUUUUAUUUUAUGCUAACUGACUUCGAGUUUGAACUACAUUAAAUUUCUCCAGUAACUUUAUUUUUAACAGCUGCAGAUUGAUAAUGAUAUCUGUAUGUUCACCCAAAUAUUAAUGGAUAUUUAUAUAUGUAUAUGUAGACUUAAGCAGAUGCACAAAGCCUAAAACAAAGUGACCGGAGAUUGCAAUACAAAUUUCAGUCAUCGACUUUUGGAAGUUACCUCUUUUUUUUUUACAUCAGCUUAACUCAAUCUCACUAGUCACGCGAUCCAAGUGUUUAUUGUAUACAUUAUGUAUACUGUAUGUUUGUUUAUUUUACUUUUAAGGUACUGUAUUGUACAAUUUUGAGAUGUUAAUUGUACAAUUUUAGGAGUUCAAGGGUAAAUAGGUCUGCAUUUACUACCUACUGACUGAAAUGAGUAUAGUUUUGAGCAAAGUAGUUAAGAUGUAUUUAGAAAUUCAAUAUAGCUGAAAGAAAUGUUGACUGUGACUUAUGAGCUAAAACUUGUUUUUACAGAGAGUAGCAUGGUGAAGAUACCAGCUGUUGCCUCAGAGUUAACAACCAGGGAUCUCAGUGCCGGCUUGAUUGAUAGUCUCAACUACAUUACAAAAAAAGGUUACAAUACCUACAAAAUGUUUCAAAAUCUUUUCAAAAUCUAUCAAUUUCAUAUGCAUAUUUCUUCUUGUUUGAUGUUGUUUUUGUAACUCUUGUUUGAUGUUUUUGGUGUUUCUUAGUGUGACGUGUCUCUCAAUGUUGAGAAAUUUUAUCAAGCAAAGGUUUGAUAAAAUCUGUACUGUGUCUUAUAUCACAGUGUAUUGUACUUAUUAAAGAUUAAAGUAAAGCCAUUACAUAAGAAUGAUCAUCUCAUUGUCUCAUAUAUGAAUACAUUGUUACAGAUGAAGAUACGCUGCGUCCAGUGACUUUGUUGGUGAUUUGUGACCUUGAGUCUCCCAGUGGAAGGUCAUUCCUCUACACCGCCAUUAAACAAUUGGUAGGAUAUAUGUUGGGUUUUCUUGAUUUAGUUUUUGUGUUUAUGAAUGGGCUUUCUGAUUUCUCCAUUACAUAUCUUACUUAUUGUUUGAGUUUUUAAUGGGAUUUUUAAACAUGAUGAAUCAUCAUUAGUGGAGAUCAGAGGAUAUCUAGACAAUGCUUUGAACAGUCAGCCUACUGUUGAUUGCAGUCUUACUGUCUUAUAUCCUAAUAAGUUUUAAAAAAAUGAAAUUAUCUUACAGAAACCAAGUCCUUGAAAUUUUUUAAAUAGAUGUUUCUGUAUCUCAUUCUUUUAAAAUACUUGGUGGGCUAUAUUUGUUACUGUUACUCUCUUCCAGAAAGCCAGCAAUAACCUGAGGCUUGGAGUUGUGUUCAACCCGCAGUCUGCCACAGCUGACAAUAAAGUGAACAAAGCUGUGCAAGUGGCCCUGCAGACACUGCCGGCACCGAUAGCUAAGAGCCUCAUCACAAAGUUGGUCAAGGAAGAAAACAUCCAGGACUUGCUGGCAGAGAGGAAAACUCUGCAGGACUUUGAAGUGCAUGUAUGUAAAUACAUACAUACUAGUUGACAAGGUUGUCCCAAUUAUCUAUCUUGGCUUUAAAUUACUUUUUCAGGGCACAAAGACAUAACACAAGGAAAACAUUUAACACAGGAUAAGUACAAACCUCGGGACACCAACUAAUGUUUUUUUAUGUAUAUUUAUAGUUUGUGUUUGUGCAUAAUAUUCAGAAAAAUUGUUUAAUGUCCUUUUAUAUCUAUUUCUAGUUAAUAACAGUUAUUUACAAAAAGAAAAUCACGUCAACGAAGUCAUUUUGUUUACAUUUUAAUUAUCUCCAGAGCUUGUUUUUAUCUCAGGGAGUUUUAUCUAGCUACUUUUUCUACUUAAAUAUGUUUAAUGUUAACCAUUUUGUUUGUUACUUAAAGGGUAUGGACAUGGAAGCUUAUAUCUCAGCCCUCAAUGCAGCAUCUGGAGACUUUCUACAAGUCCAUCAAAUGUUCAUUUCUAAAGCCUUGUCCCUGAGACCUGGAGAAUGUGGACUGAUAGUCAAUGGCGGAGUGAGUAACACACAUCACAGCACACUUCUGGUUCAUUUCAGAGGUUUUUUUAACAAGUUUAUUGAAUAGUUUUUAAAGCUGCUGACUUUUAUUUGUGUAUAAAUAAGGGGAAAAGGAUCAACUUUAGGCAGGUUCAGAUUUGUCCAAGACAUCUCCUGCUGAGUAGAAAGAAAUAGGUGUUUUAAUGUCUUUUAAACAGAGUAUCCAUUUGUUUAUUUUAUAGAAAUUUAGCCAACUAUGUGAAUUUUCUGAUAGAUUUUGUUUGUAUUUGUUACUGUAUUUUGUGUUCAUUACAUGAAGUAUAUUUUUUUGAUAGCUGUUAUUGGCAUAUUUAAAUAUAUAUAUAUAUAUAUAUAUAUUUAAAAAAAAAUAUUUUUUUUUACAUUGAAUGAAUAAUAAUUUAACAACUUUGAACAACAAAAUCAGUGUGGUGAACUUAUUGUAAUUCAGUUCAUAGUAAACAUUUAAAACAUUUAAUCUUGUGUAAAUCAUUGCAUAAUUGAAAUUUUUAUCAGCACAACUAAUAUCUGAAUUUUGUCUUUAUCAGUUCUUGGGGCCACUAAGUGAUGAGGAAUUGUUGACAGUAGAAGAUUUAAAUUUAUUGGAGAAACUGGCCUACCAGCAGGGAGGACAGAAGAUUGCAGAAGCAAUUCAGUCUGUUGAGAAAAAUGCUAGGAAGUAUGUUGGCAUGGCCCUGAUUUGUCUUUUUCCAGUUGAAUCAUUUAUCAAAUAGAAAAUAUUUUAAUGAGAAAAGAGAAGGCCAAUCUAAAUGACUUAGCCAUUCAGCCACUUACAGCACAAUGAGCUUCAGCCUGUCGCAAUAUUUUUAGUUUUAUCAUAUUCCAAAUAGGUACCUCAACUAGUAAAAUGGAUUUAGUGGUGCAAAUUUAUUUAUUUACUAAAUUUUUAAUUUAAAUUGAAAUAUAUACGCCAACUUCCUGUCCCCCCUUUGACUGUUUAGAAAUAAUCACUGCAGGCUUCCUCACUACCUUUGCUGUCACAUUUCUAACCUAGUAUGAUACACAUUGCUUUAAGAUAAGAAUUUAGAAUUUUAAAAAAUUGUAUCUUUUAAUAUUAUUAUUAGUUUAAUCACCUGCAUUUAUCAAUUUUUGGUUACAUCUUCUUGACAUUUGACUUAUUUCAAAGGGCAAGUGACAUGUCAAUGAAAGUUUCCAAUUUACUCUUGGCUAAGGCCAAAAAAGACAAGAGACAGAAAAUUGAUUUUGCUGAUGACAAAUACAGGUGAAUAGGAAUCCAAAGAUCUAUUGUUAUUUUGUUCACCAUGAACUUUAAAGCUCGUCAUUAGAUUAAUAACUACACAGAAUAAGUCACAUUUGAAUCUUAUUAAUUUAUAAUUAGAUGGACAUAUUCAUUAUAUAAAUUCAGUAAAUCUCACAUGGUCUGCUAGAGACCUUAAUAAAAAAAGCUACAACACGAUUGUGAAAUCCCAGCACACGGUGGUGGCAAAUGAAGAUUAUAUUGAAACAUUUAGGCAACAGAAAACCUAUUAAACACAUGGGAGAGAGACAAUAUAUGGCCCAACAAAGGAUGAAUAUGAAUGCAGAAUAUGGUGUGGACAAAUCAAUCCCAUGAUAGUAGCAGAUAAAAAAUAUGGUAGGCUGUUGGGGGGGGGGGGCACACUUUGAAAGAAUGUCAUAAAACAGAUGAGUAAAGAGGGUACACCACCAAAACCCCAAAGGAAAACUGCUCAAAUGCAGAGCUAGGCUUAGAUGGAUAGACAAUGUAGAAAAAGAUCUACAGCAGCUGGGAAUCCUAGCAUGGAAAAAAAUGACAUCAGUUUAGUCUGCGUGGAAGAAAGUGGUGAGGCAGGCCAAAGCCCUACACUGGUUGUUAACGCCACAGGGAUGGAUGGAUAGAAUUCUUUGUUUAUGCCAUUUUUUAUACUUUAGUGUUUUAGCUUAUUUAAUUUUCUAUAAUUUUAAUUACUGAUAACUUUUUAAUAAUUGUUUAAACAAAAUUAAAAAAACAAAGUGGAAAGUGUUUAGUAAUUGCUAUCGACUAAUUAUUUUAAUCUAUCAUUUAUUAGUGUGAUCAAGUUGCCAGCAGAUGCCAAGAUUCCUGCCUUCACAGUUGAAGCCAUUAUUGACCCCGUGUCCAUAGAGGCUCAGAAAAUGUCGGCUAUUCUUUUGGUAUAAUGGCUUUCUCCAUUUUAUCACAAGAUAAAUGUUAAAAAAGCAAGAGUUAUUUAUUUGAUAAAACAGGGAAUAUUUUUCAUAUCUCUGUGGCCACUUACAUACAACAUAAAUGUUAGCAUUUCACAUAGAGGAGGAAAGAAAGUAUGCAGGAAAAAUUAAUGUUGACUAUUCUCUAUUUAAUUUAUUUUACUAAUAAAAUUUAGCAACAUUUUUUUUAUAUUUUGAAACUGUUGUUUUCUGCAGGUCCUGAAACAGAUUGCUAAUGUGGACGUAACAAUUUUUAUGAAUCCAAAGGAAAAACUGUCAGAGAUGCCUGUUAAAAGGUAAACCAAAAUAUGGAUUCUUACAAAAUACCUACACAGAAAGUACAAAAGGAAAAACUUAAGAAAAACAAGAAUUGUCUUUUAAAUUGAUUUUUUUUAGAUGCUGGUUUUAUGAUUUUUAUUCAUAUGACUAGUCUAUAAAGAAUUUCUGCAUAUUUUAAAACAAUUUAAAUAAUAUUAUAUUAUUAUAAUAUUUAUUAAUUUUAUAUUAUAAUAAUGAUAUUUUGAAGAAAUAUUUCUUCUACAUAUAAUGUUAAUCAGAAUAAUAAAAAAAACACAGAAAUAGCAUUUAAUACUUAAAUGACCUUAUUGUUUAUAUUAUUAGUUUUUACCGCUAUGUGUUGGAGCCAGAAGUGACCUUUGACUCAGAGGGGGCCCUCAAUCCAGGACCACAGGCGAGAUUUUUGGACAUGCCACAGAAAUCCUUACUUACCCUGAACAUGAAAACGCCAGAGAGUUGGCUUGUUGAAGCUGUUACUUCCCCUUAUGAUUUGGAUAAUAUUUUACUGGAAGAGGUAAUAUCUAAUAUGCUUAGCUGUUGGCUAGUCUAUGAUUUGGAUGGACACCACUAUUCAUUAGCCCUCAGCUCUUUGCCCAGUAACUUUUAAUUUCUCUUUCUAGCUGGAGCAAAUAACACAUCAGUUGUAAUUCUUUAGCUCAUUGUUAUUUGUGAUCCACCUUUCAGUGAUUCAUGGGCAAAUUGUAAAAGAGACUUGAACAAUUUACUGGUUAUCUUGUUAUUAACUAGUUUUUUUUUCCUUCAAUUAAUCAUUAUAGAAAUUUGAAAUUCUUAACUUACACUUUGUUUAUAAGUAUUUAUUUUUUUUUUUUUCUUCAUUUAAAAUUAUUCAUUAUUUCUCAUUGAUCUUGAAAGGGCCAAUUUGUAGCUAUUAAUGAUAUUUUCAAACAUACACCUAAUUUUUUUAUCUUCUAAAUCAAUUACAUUUUACAAUUUAUCAUUGUUAUUUGUGAUCCACCUUUCAGUGAUUCAUGGUCAAAUUGUAAAAGAGUCUUUAACAAUUUACUGGUUAUCUUGUUAUUAACUAGUUUUUUUUUCCUUCAAUUAAUCAUUAUAGAAAUUUGAAAUUCUUAACUUACUCUUUGUUUAUAAGUAUUUAUUUUUUUUUUUUUCUGCAUUUAAAAUUAUUCAUUAUUGCUCAUUGAUCUUGAAAGGGCCAAUUUGUAGCUAUUAAUGAGAUUUUCAAACAUACACCUAAUUUUUUUAUCUUCUAAAUCAAUUACAUUUUACAAUUUCCUCAUUUCAAAAUUUUUCGUACGUAUUUCAAAUAGCUUUUUUUCAUUGAUUUAUAUUUCUUGAACCUGGCACACUCUGUUCAUCUACAGGUCGACAGGAGCGUGAGUGCAGAGUUUGAACUUGAGUAUAUCUUGAUUGAAGGUACUUCUUAAUUUGACUUGUUGGUUAGUUAUAUACUCAGACUUUUUGAUGGAUGCUAACACAAUAUGAUGAACAUAGAUAAAUAAUAGAAUUUUAGUCCUCAACGAGGGAGCUUUAUUGAACGGUGUCAAUCUUGUGGGCCCGAUUUCUUAGCUAAUUCAUAAAAAGUCAUCAUUGAAGCACUAUUUUAUAAUGUAAUAUAUUUGUCCUCAUUAGGCCACUGCUAUGACUCUGGGACCAUGCAGCCACCAAGAGGACUACAGUUUGUUCUGGGAACCAAUAGAACUCCUGCCAUGGUGGAUACCAUAGUCAUGGCUAAUCUGGUAAGUUAAAAGAAAGACAGCAACUACCAAAAGAACUAAAACCUUCAGACAUGGGUUAUACAAUGUCAACAUAUCAGAAACUGUAAUAUCACGGCUAUUAUUGAUAUAAUGAUUUUAAAAAAAAAUAAUUACAAAUAGUCUAUUUUGGAUUUUCUGCAUAUUUGAUUAAGUUGACAAAACCUGGUCAAAAUAAGUUCAUAAUAAUCAAUUUUCUACUAUGGAGGCUAUGAAAACCCUGGCUUGACUUUUAGUAUAGAGCAGUGGAUCCCAAACUUUUUUCGUAGUGAUUCCAGCUUUUCCAAAGGCACCAUCAUUUAAAUAAAACAUGUACACUGCAAAAUAGUAACUAAUUUUCUUGAAUUAAGAGGUUAGAUAUGGGGCUCUGUAAAAAUUACUGAUAUUUUGAGCUGAGCUCGUAAACUUUACAUAAAUAUGCCACUGAUAUAGGGGACUUAAGUCAUGGUAGGAUAUUCAUCCCUGUGGCCUUCUAUUGUCAUAUUGUUUUUCUUCCUGACUUAAAAAUCUAUGCACUCUUAGUUUGGAAACUGUUUAAUUUGUUGAAAUCACUACUGAAUCAUUACAGGACAGUGUUGUUAAAAUACAAAGAGUAUGUGAAUUUCAGGCGGCAAAUUCUCUUUUAAGUAAAAAUUUAUUUUUUUAACCAAUUAAUGGCAUAUAAAGUAAAAUAAAUUGUGUAACAUAAAUAAGUCUUGUUCUUUAGGGUUUGUGAAUUCAAUUUAAGUUCAAUUUAUUUACUUAAAGAAUUAAAUGGAAUUCAUUGCAAUAUGUCAGCAGGUUGAGUUUAUUUCAUUGUAUAAAAUGAAAAUAGCAAACCAAAAUGGUGUUUUAAAAAAAAUAAUUUUGUUUUUAAUCUGUCUUUUUCAAGUUCUUUACUUUUUUUAAAGCCAAUAUAUUUAAGGAUUAUUGCAGCAUAAUCCUUAAUCCAUCAUUCCUUUUAUUUCAGGGUUACUUUCAGCUGAAAGCUUAUCCUGGUCUUUGGCACCUGAACUUAAGAGAAGGGAGAUCUGAAGAGAUUUACAAGAUUGAUAGGUACUUAUAAAUGUUACAUUUUAUAGUAUACAUCUAGUACAUUUUAUAAGACAUUAUUUAAUAUAUUUUAAAAUACUUUUUAUGGUACAUAAUAAAGUACAUUUUAUAGUAAUAAUACAUCCAUUUUAAAUGCUUUAAAAUAUUUAAUUAUGAUUGCAAGGAGGAACUCUACAUUUUGAAAAGAAAAGAAUUUUAAAGAAAGAUAUAAAAAAAGAACAGGAAGAAGAAAUGUUGUUAUCUAUUUUCAACAUGUGUUGAUAUUAAUUUCAUUCACAGUUUUAACAUUUAUAAAUUAAAUUAAUACAAGUGAAGGUGUAAAUAUUAUGAAAAAGAUAGACUGCUUCUAAAAGUUUUACAUUAUGCUAUAUACCUGCCUUUGUAGAAACUUGAAGUGUUGAAUUGACUGAUAAACCUGUAUUUGUUAUUGUUUAGGCCAAUGUUUUGUUUAAAACUUUAAGUUAUGUUCUUUUGCUGUUACAUUCAGUGACUUACUCUCUGCUAGAAAUAACAAAACGUGAUUACAUCAUUCCACAAUAUUCCAUUUUUAACUCAAUAUUUAUAACCUCUCAGCCAUGAGUUCACUGAUUCACCCAAUAAUUUCACUGAUGUGGUCAUUGCUGUUAACAGCUUUAAAAGCAAAAUCAUUAGAGUCAAAGUAAGUGUUUGGAAAAUCAAAGGCAUUGUUUAUAAGGUUGACUAAAUAAUGGAGCUUAUUUAAUAGAACAUGCAUUAGGUUUUCAAUUAUUAGGACAAUAUUAUUUUGGGUUCUGAUCACACCUUUUACUUAGCCUACUAGAGUGAGGUUCUUGACUACAUCAAAGCUGAAUAAUUAUAAUAUUGUAGUGGGUUCUAAGAACAUUUUCUCUUAGUUCAAUGAGUCUUAAUUUUGUACUGGGUUCUAACCAAACUGUCCCUUAGCUGAAUUAAUAUAAUUACCCUUUUGGUUCUAAGCUUACCCUACUUGGCUUCUUUGGUUUUUUAUAUGGGAUAUUUUAGUGGCAGUUCUGUAAACAAACAUUUUGGUUGUGAUAUUUUUGAUCUGAUGUUGGUGUUGCCGAAUUGAGUAGUUUAGGUUGAAUCAUUUGUUGAUUGAGUCCUUUUGUGUUGCAGGUUUCUAAAAAGCCAGACAAAAUGGAUGUGAAUUUGCUGCAAGAUGAGGAAGAUAACACAGGACUGUGGGAUUCUAUUUCAAAGUAAAUUUAUUAUAUAUUCCUUCUUUGCUAUUUUAUUGAACAAGGAUUUUACAUUUAAAUUUUAGUAAUUUAUAGCUUGAUUUAAAUUUAAAUUUCUAUUGAAACUAGAAUACAUUUCCUGCAGAAACUUAAAAAAAAAAAUUCCUAAUGAAUAACUUUCAAUCAGUAAGUAUAUUUUUAUUUUGAUGUAAAGUUUUUUCUCUGUCCACUAUAGUACAAUCACUGGAGGCACUGGUAAGAAAGAUGAGGAUAAAGACAACACUCUGAAUAUAUUCUCUGUGGCAUCUGGACAUCUGUAUGAGAGGUUCUUGAGGUAGGUCCCAAACAAUAGGAUUUACAGGAUCAUUUUAUGGGUCCAGAACACAAGUUGAGACAAUCUUUGAACAGCACUGAACAAGUCUCUAUUUAUAAAUGGAAUACUGUGUUAUGAUGGAGAAUUUUUUAGUUUUGUUAAAGUAAUUACCCAAUGACAACUACUGAAUUUUAGGGUCUAUCAAACCAAUCAGAAAAAAUACUGAGGCUGAAAGUUCAGUCUAAAACUGUGGAUAUAUAGUUCAUAUGGGACAUACGGUUGAUGCGAGGACAUACGGUUGAUGCGAGGACAUACGGUUGAUGCGAGGACAUACGGUUGAUGCGAGGACAUACGGUUGAUGUGAGGACAUACGGUUGAUGUGAGGAAUACGGUCGAUGUGAUGACAUACGGUUGAUGCGUUUUUCCUAAUUUAUAGGUUCUCUGCAGUACGUACCAUUCUUAAUCCUAAUAAUUUAUAAUCAUAAGUAUUCACCAGCAUAAGCACUUCACAGUUUUCAGUGUAUUAAACUUAUAUAUUUCAAAACAAAUCAGUUGCCAAUGAUCUAUAAAGGUUGUCUCUGUUAUUAGAACAUAGUCUCACUCCCAAUGGCUAAUAAAUUCCUUUGUGAAAAAAGCUAUUUAAAAAAAAAUCUUUUUGAUUGUCAAAGAAUUGCCUUUCUAUCAUAUAAUUAACAAUCAUCCUCUUAAUUUUUGGGGUCACUGGAAUCUAAAAGACAUCACAACACCAAGUAUCUGUCUAAGUUUCACUUGAUAAAAUCUAAACAUAAUUCUCUGAUAAUCAUCAGACAUUGUGAAUGUUAGUCAUCUUAGAUGCCAAAUGUAUUGCAACUAUACCACUGUGACUGAUUCCCCUCCUCUGACCGAUAAUUGAUCCUGCUGGCUGCCGUCCAUGGUUUGUCAUGUCAAAGUUCUGGGGUGGGGUGGGGGAAUAUACAUUUGUUUUGGUUGUUUUGGUUACACGCUGUUCUUUAUUUCAUAAAUGUAUUUGAUUUUAAUGUCAUGAUUAUGUCUCUUUUGCUAAUAUUUUUAUGUACAGCACGGUGAGCCCAGCCCUAGGCUGGGGUACCGCACUAUAUAAGACCACUAAUUAUUAUUAUUAUUACUAUUAUUAUUUUGAUUAUAGUGGUGUCAUGGUUUCUGUUUCAGAAUCAUGAUGUUGAGUGUCAUUAAGAAUACCAAGUCUAAAGUCAAGUUUUGGUUCCUCAAAAACUAUCUGUCUCCUACUUUUAAGGUAAAAGUAAAGAGUUUAACUUUGUUUGUGCUGAUUAAACAGUAUAUUUAAUUAUGAUGAAGUAAAGGGAUGAAGAAUGAUUUUAGCUAGCGUUAAUUUUUUUCCUUAACCCAAUACCAGUAUCCUUUCUGCAUAUAUAGUACACUUCAUGUGUACUGCUAUAUUUUUUAGACUACAGUCUGAAGAAAAUAAUUUUCAAUGAUGACCAUCAACCUGUUAAUAAUUAAUAAUUGGGGCCAUUUGAGUAGGCAUUAUUUAACAAGGCUUUAAUUUAUUUUUAGGAUUUCAUCCCGUAUAUGGCCCAGGAAUACGGUUUUGAAUAUGAGCUUGUACAGUACAAAUGGCCAAGGUGGCUAAAUCAACAAAAGGAGAAGCAGAGGAUCAUUUGGGGGUAAGUAUUUCAAAAUUAUAGAUUUUAAUUGCAAUCUCAGUCUUUGAAAUCAUUCUAAAUAUAUUUUUCUUUGAUAUUUUUAUUGAAAUUUACAAAUAAAUUCUGCUUUGGAAUGUGUUGAAAAACCAACCAACCUAUGUCCUAUAAUCAAUGGAAUAAUAACACCUUUUCAAGCUGAGAUCAAGUUAUUUGUGCAGAUGAUACAAGUCUACACAUGACACAAAAAGAGCCAAUCACAAUUGAACCCAUUUUCUAAUCUAUUUUUAAAUUGGAGCAGCUGUUAAAUGGACUGAGUAUCCUGAGAAUUAUUCUUACCAUUUCCCUACUUUGACCAUCUUAUAAUCAGUCAAUGAUCUGUUUUCUCACCAGCUACAAGAUUUUAUUUUUGGAUGUAUUGUUCCCACUGGAUGUAAAAAAGAUUAUAUUUGUAGAUGCUGAUCAGGUAAUCAAUCUAAUAAUUUUUUGUCUCCUAAAAAUAACUGUCUUCUUUAAUUUAGCAGUAAGCAUUUCACAUAUUGAAUAUUGUUUUUCUAAAAUGAAUUUUAAUGUUAACUUCAUAAACAUAAAUGGAGCCUUCUAGUGGAAUUUUACUUAACUUUUAAAAGGCAUAUAUAGAAGCACUUUGGAGCCAAGGGGAUGAUGUCUGUUUUAGUUGUAUUUCCAUGUGUUUAACCAUCGGCCGUUGGAUUAUCCUCAGAUUGUUCGAGCUGACCUCCAAGAGUUAUACGACCUGGAUCUAGGUGGAGCACCCUAUGGGUACACACCAUUUUGUGACAGUAGGAAGGAGAUGGAUGGUUUCAGGUAGAAUUUUCAUGAGCUUUAUUGUUGGCUUUCUUGAUGUAAGAAGUGUAAGAAAUCAUUUUUAGAUGAUACAUUUUAGUUUUACAAACUUUUAUAGUGUAUAAAUUACUACUGGCAUUGAAAUAAUUGGUUUAAAAUGAGCUUGUUCAAGUUACUUUCCUCUCUUGUUCUUUUCAAUUUGUUUUUUUAAUACUUUUCUUUCACAAAAAAAACCCUAUCUUUCUUUUUAUAUUUGAUUUAAUUAUUUAAUUCACUUAUUGAUUUGAGUUUCACCAAUAGAGUCUUUUUUUCUAAAAUUGCGAUUAAAAAAAUAUUUAAAAAUUGGUGAAUUAUUCAAUAUUUUAAAAUGUAUGUAUUAUUUAUCUGACUUCUUUGACACUUUUUGUUAUCCUUUUUUAAAAUUUCUUUUUGUUCUAAAGGUUUUGGAACUCUGGAUACUGGAACAGUCACCUGAACGGCCGUAAAUACCACAUCAGUGCUCUGUAUGUUGUAGAUUUGAAGAAGUUUCGCCGCAUUGCUGCGGGCGAUCGUCUCCGCGGUCAGUACCAGGGUCUGAGCCAGGACCCCAACAGCUUGGCCAACUUGGAUCAAGACCUGCCCAACAACAUGAUCCACCAGGUGUCCAUCAAGUCACUGCCCCAGGAGUGGUUGUAUUGUGAGACUUGGUGCAGUGAGUCGGAGAAAGCAAGGGCAAAAACUAUUGAUUUGGUGGGUAGCGUUAUUAGCCUUGUAGCCUGUGUCAUGCUAGAAAAGACAUUUUGCAUGCGAAAGUUAAACAGCUAAAUUAAUACUAAACUAUUGUAAAAUAAACAAGUCAAAGAUAGUCAAUUGUAGAGUAUGGGGUUACAAACUCUUGUCACAAUUAAAAGCAAUCAUCAAUAUCAGAAAAAUCAAAACUUGAUAAGGUUCUUUUUUCCAAGCGCUGAUGGCCUUCAUUCAGCUGUCUCCCUGCAUACCAGCUGCUAAAAACAUAAGAACAAACACAUUAUCUCUUAGACCUAAAACGUUACCAAUACAAAAUACAUAGCAACAACUACACAAUUAAUCUCUAUACCAAACACGCUCACUUAAUGAUAUCUAUAGCGAUGACCUACACACUACCUGCGGCAUUAUAAUAUAGUUACUGCUCCAUCUUUUGUCCACAGUGCAAUAAUCCACUAACCAAAGAACCAAAACUCCAAGCUGCCAUUAGGAUUGUGCCUGAGUGGAAAGAUUAUGAUUACGAGAUUAAAGUUUUAUGGGAUGAAAUUUAUCAGACCAACACAAAAGCUCAAAUUGAAUAUGACCCUCCGCAGUUACCAUCUAAAGGUCUUAAAGGU